CUGGCUUGGGCUCACUGUUGGUCAGACAGUGUGUGUGUGUGCACAACUUAAAAGGGCUGAGGGAAGUUAAACUCAGGAGACACACUGUAAACAUGGCUGCCGUACAUCGUUUGGUUAUUGUGCGCCACGGUGAGAGCGCAUGGAACCAGGAGAACCGUUUCUGCGGCUGGUUCGAUGCUGACCUCAGUGAGAAGGGCAUGGAGGAGGCCAAGCGUGGAGCCCAGGCUAUCAAGGAUGCAGGCAUGAAGUUCGAUGUGUGCUACACCUCCGUGCUGAAACGUGCCGUCAAGACCCUGUGGACCAUCAUGGAAGGCACGGACCAGAUGUGGCUGCCUGUGCAUCGUACCUGGCGCCUGAACGAGCGUCACUACGGAGGCCUCACCGGGCUCAACAAGGCAGAGACGGCGGAAAAACAUGGAGAGGAGCAGGUGAAGAUCUGGCGCCGCUCCUUUGAUACCCCACCUCCACCCAUGGACAAGGAGCACGCUUACAACAAAAUCAUCAGUGAGUCCCGGCGCUACAAGAAUCUGAAGCCCGGUGAGCUCCCUACAUGUGAGUCCCUGAAGGACACCAUCGCCCGCGCCCUGCCUUUCUGGAAUGACGUCAUUGCUCCUGAAAUCAAGGCCGGAAAGAACGUCAUCAUCGCUGCUCACGGAAACAGCCUUCGUGGCAUCGUCAAGCAUCUUGAGGGUAUGUCCGAUGCAGCCAUCAUGGAGCUGAACCUGCCCACAGGAAUCCCAAUCGUGUACGAGCUGGACGCAAACCUGAAGCCUACGAAGCCCAUGGCGUUCCUCGGUGAUGAGGAAACCGUGAAGAAGGCCAUGGAGGCCGUAGCGGCUCAGGGCAAAGCCAAGAAGUAAGCCGUGAGGAGGCAGGAAAAAGAGACUGAUCCCCCUUUUUGUUCUUCAACCUUUCCUCUUAUGUCAAGCCUUGUAAUCCAUUCCAACUGGGGAAAUAUUUACUGGUUAUUUUGAAGACGAGCCUGUUUGUUUAAAUGACAGAGGGAUGAUCUGUCAAUCAAAGCAGACAGCCUGGGCCCUCUGUUUUAUCACUCAGCCCUUUCAAAAUGGUGCUCAAGCUCUAUGUUGAGGGCCUCACCACCCAACCAAUAAAGAAACUAUGUUUUUAUGUAG